AAACGAAAAUUUCCGGGAUACGUGAGUCUUGUCUGCUAAACCAUAAAUAAAAAAAUGACACGUACUUGUUGAUAUGGGCUAUGAAAUAAAAAGAAACAUAUGUUAUAAAAGGAAAAAUGAUAUGAUAUUGACUUGAUAUAAAUUUUUAUUGAUGACAACUGGACAAAUAAUGUGGUAGUAAUAGUUUCGAAAUCUACCCGCCUAUUUCAUAGUACAUGAUUUAAAAUUAUGAUUUUCUAUUAUUCUAUUAAAUUUAAAAAUGCAUUUGAAAAUUUCAGCAAGGGAAAUAAUUCCUAUUUUAAUUGUUAUUAUUUGUUUAUGUGAGUGCAACUCUAAUGAUAAAAAAUCUGGAUGUUUUUGUAAGCUUGAAGGCAGAAUUGAUGAUUGUUCAUGUAACAUUGAUACAGUGGAUUAUUUCAAUAAUGUAAAAAUUUAUCCCUUAUUGCAAAGUAUCUUAGUUACAGACUUUUUUCGUUAUAUAAAGGUAAACUUAAAUCGAGGUUGCCCCUUUUGGCCUGAUGACAGCAAAUGUUCUAUUCAGGAUUGUUCUGUGAAAACUUGUUCUGAGGAGCAAUUACCUCCGGGAUUAAAAGGGCAAUAUUAUGCUAAAGAUAUUGAAACAAAAGUGCUUUUAAAAAGUGCAGAUGAGCAAGAACAAAAGCCCUGUGAUGAAAACCAUGAUGGCCUUGGAGCAGUGAAUGUUACAAUUAGUGAUGAAAAUUACCAAGACUUCAAAAAAUGGCAAAAACAUGAUGAUUCAAUUGACACAUUCUGUGAGAUGGAUGACGAUAUAUCAGAUCUUCAGUAUGUAGAUCUGUUACUAAAUCCUGAGCGUUAUACUGGCUAUAAAGGUGCUUCAGCUCAUCGUAUAUGGAACAGUAUAUACAGAGAAAAUUGCUUUAAAUUUAGUGGAGAUUUUGGACCUUAUACUACUUCAAAAAACCUUGAUUCUAUGUGUUUGGAAAAGAGAGCUUUUUACCGUGCUGUAUCUGGCCUUCAUUCCAGCAUCAGCAUUCAUUUGUGCUCACAAUAUUUUACAAAAGCUAAAGAUUGUUUUAGCAAAGGUGCUUGGGGGAGAAACUUAAAAGAAUUCCAAAGAAGGUUUGAUCCCAAAAAUACUGACGAAGAAGGUCCUCAGUGGUUGAAAAAUUUAUAUUUUGUAUACCUGUUGGAACUUCGAGCCAUUGCAAAAGCUGCAUUUUAUUUUGAAAAGGAACUAUUUUACACUGGAAGUGACUCAAAUGAUGAAGAAGUUAGAGUUGCUAUUAAAAAUCUUUUAGAGGUUGCUAGAUCGUUCCCAGAUCAUUUUGAUGAAAAAGUUAUGUUUUCUGGAAAUAGUAAGGAAGCAAGAAAUUUAAAGGAAGAAUUCAGACUUCACUUUCUAAACAUAUCAAAAAUAAUGGAUUGUGUAGGCUGUGAUAAAUGUCGUUUAUGGGGGAAAAUACAGGUUCAAGGCUUAGGUACAGCGUUCAAAAUUUUAUUUUCAAAAGAUCAAUCUGAUAUAAAGAGAAAGCAUUUCCGGUUAUCUAGAACUGAAAUUGUCUCUUUAUUCAAUGCAUUUGGCAGAUUAUCCAACAGCAUUUAUGAACUUGAACAAUUUCGUCAAAGGCUUACUAGUAAGCACAAAAUAGAGCUAUAGUAUGGAAGAAAAUUUGAAUUCUCAUUGAAAACAAAGAGAGAAAAACAGUAUUUUAUUAAACCUAAAAUAAAAGCAUGUAAAUAUGAUUGAUAUGAAUAUUCCUCUCUGAUAAGGUAAUGAAACUUUCUAAAGAGAACUAUGCAUUUGCAGAACAUUGAAAGACCUAGUCAUUAAAAUUCAAAACUAGAGUAACUCAUGGAAAAUAUACAUAACUAUUUUAUUACUACUUUAAAAUUGCUCAUUUCUUAAUGUUCACAAAAGCUACGCUUUAAUGUAUGUAUUUAUUUAUCGAUAAAAAACAGUUUUUUAAAUUUUGAAAUUCAUGAUUUGAAUUUGUACAUAUAUCUAAAUUGUUUUAUUUUGUUGGAAUAAAAUUAUUCAUGUUGCA